CUGAGCAUGGCUGACGAGGAGCAGCACUGCUGCUGGACUCUGCAUGGUGCACGUUGGAAGACGUGGAGCUUAUCUGCGAGGUGAGCAACAGGCCCGGCCGCGAAGCUGCCUUCCUCAGCCUGCAGUGGCAGAGGCGCCGUGCUUUGAGUCCAUCAUGGAGGACCUGGAGGUCGGGGAGGGCGAGACACCACGCUUCGCCGUGGUGGUGGAGGGCAAGCCGCUGCCCGACAUCAUGUGGUACAAGGAUGAGGUGCUGCUGGCCGAGAGCAACCGCCUGACCUUUGUCUACGACGACAGCGAGUGCUCCCUGGUAUUGCUGGGCGCCACGGCCUGCGACAGUGGCGUCUACACCUGCACCGCCCGCAACCUGGCCGGGGAGGUGUCCUGCAAGGCCGAGCUGGUGGUGCGUGCAGCCCAGCCGGAGGCAGUGGCCGCGGUGGCGGAGGAGGGGCACACAGCCCGGCGGCUGACAGACGACUACGAGGUGCACGAGGAGAUCGGCAGCCCUGGCUGCGUGCUGACCCACGGAGCAUCGACAGUGCAAGGUAAGACACGGGACGCGUGGUGCCAGCCAGCCAGUCAGAGCCAGGGGCUGGGCUCGCCGGUGCCAUGGGAGAUCUCGAGUUCUCGAGAGCUGCACCAGCCAGCAAAGCAAACAGCUCGUUAG